GCCGGAGAUUAUAUACUGGUACAUGGUGAAAUGGACGGGGAUAAAUUUUAUAAUGGUGAAACAUUGGAUGGACAAACAGGUUUAGUGCCAUCAAAUUACGUGGAACGUGUCCCAAGUCAGCAAUUAUUGCAGAAUAUAUCCCGCAUUGGAUCACCAUCAUUUCCCUUAACAGUACCUCCACAUUUAACCCAAAUUCAACAUGAUUUUUCCACCACUUCUUUGACUCAUUCUGGUACCACAGGUAUAGCUGCAACUCUUCAGCCAUUAUCGACAACACCGCCACUGCCCGAUUCAGUUUGCCCUUAUCCGCCUGUUGAUAUUGCUAAAGUUACUGUGCAGGAAGUGAAAAUUACCGAUAUUCCACGUGGUAAGUUUUGUAUUCUUUCAGUAUUAAUUAAACCAUGUGUAAUUAAUUAA